AUAUAUCAGAAGCAUUCAAAGCCCAAAACUCGCCACUCCUCAAUCUCUCUUCUCCAACCCUCUUACAGAAACCACCGUUUCUCUUCCCAAAAUCACACAUAUCGAAGAUCAAAAGGGCAAGAAAACGAUGGACGGCACCGGAGUAGUCGCAGUUUACGGCAACGGCGCGUUAACAGAGAGCAAGAAGUCCACCUUCUCCGUCAAAGUCGGCCUUGCUCAAAUGCUCCGAGGCGGCGUCAUCAUGGACGUGGUUAACGCUGAACAAGCCCGGAUAGCAGAAGAAGCCGGCGCGUGUGCCGUCAUGGCGCUAGAGCGCGUGCCCGCCGACAUCCGUGCACAAGGCGGCGUUGCACGGAUGAGUGACCCACAACUCAUCAAGGAAAUCAAACAAGCCGUCACGAUACCUGUCAUGGCGAAGGCUCGAAUUGGGCAUUUCGUUGAGGCUCAGAUUCUGGAAGCAAUUGGAGUCGAUUAUGUGGAUGAGAGCGAGGUGUUGACGUUGGCAGAUGAUAUGAACCACAUUAAUAAGCACAAUUUCAGGAUUCCGUUCGUUUGUGGUUGCCGGAAUCUGGGUGAGGCUUUGAGAAGGAUUCGUGAAGGAGCUGCCAUGAUUCGUACUAAAGGCGAAGCAGGAACUGGCAACAUAAUUGAGGCGGUGAGGCAUGUUAGAUCUGUGAUGGGGGACAUUAGGGUUCUGGCAAACAUGGACGACGAUGAGGUCUUCACUUUCGCGAAGAAAAUCGCAGCCCCAUAUGACUUAGUGAUGCAGACGAAGCAACUGGGGCGGCUUCCGGUGGUGCAGUUUGCAGCAGGAGGCGUUGCAACUCCGGCGGAUGCAGCUCUGAUGAUGCAGUUGGGAUGCGACGGCGUAUUUGUUGGGUCGGGGGUGUUCAAGAGCGGCGACCCGGCUCGCCGGGCACGUGCUAUUGUUCAGGCGGUGACGCAUUACACCGAUCCGGCGAUGCUGGCGGAGGUGAGUUGUGGAUUGGGUGAAGCCAUGGUGGGUUUGAACCUUGAUAAGAAUGUUGAAAGGUAUGCCAACCGGUCGGAGUAAAAGGAUCGCCGGCGAGGGUCUCCGGGAAGGGGUUAUAGGGUUUGGUUUUAUUUAGAUUUGGGAUUUUACUUUUUAGUAAAAGUUUUAUAAGGUUUUAAGAAAGAUGAAGGGAUACACAACUCUGGUUGUUAUAAACUAUUGUAUCAAUUUAUUAUGCAAUUAAGUUUGAUUAUCUGUUGCAAUUUGA